AUGACGAAGACACACCUUAACAUCGUUGUGAUCGGCAACGCUGGGUCCGGCAAGUCGAUGACGAUUGGUUAUCUCAUCUCCAAAGAAGGGCAAUACGAAGGGCUGGACCAGCUGAUCCAGGAGCACGUCGCUGCCACGAGAUACUGUUCCGCUAAGGACUAUGCGAUGGCCAUUAAUGAAUAUGCGAGCGAGCAAAAUGAGGACCCCGAUGCCAUCAGUUCCUGGAAUAUGGAAACACCGAAAUAUACAACCACGUUCUAUGAAAUCCCCGACCUGGAUUCCUUCCAUUACAACGUUUCAACUGGCAUCAUCCCCGCCGACUGCGCCAUCCUGGUGAUUUCCGCGUGGACUGGGGAAGCUCUCGGCGAAAGCGAGAAUGAUCAGACCAUCCGGUUUGCUGAAUGCGCCCACGAGUUAGGCAUUCCCCAGAUCGCGGUCGCUAUUUCCAAAAUGGACACCACGCGCUGGUCGGAGGAUCGUUUCAACGAAGUACUCAAAGAAACUUCCAAUUCGCUGAAACGCAAAUCCUUAUACAACCCCAGAUGUGUAUCCUAUGUUCCUAUUAGCGCUACUCACGGAGACAACAUGAUGGAAGAGUCCCCGAAUCUGCCGUGGUUCAAGGGUUGGACAAAGCAGACGCGCGAUGGUGUCAUUAAGGGUAAAACCAUCCUGGAUGCUAUCGAUGGUUUCGAGCCUCCUGUUCGUCGCAGGAACUGA